CCCGCUCUGUCCGCCGUGCUGUCGCGACGCUAUCCGAUAAGGCUCACUGUCAACUCUGUCAAGCAGCCUCGCCGAAGCCUCGUCGCGGAGUCGCUCGAUCGUGCGCAACACCCGUCCCGUGAAACGCGUUUUUCUCUCGCUAAUCGCAUCGAGAUACUGCCGAUAGUGCCGAUACCGAAUAUGCAGUAGACGAACUCGCGAGUCGAGCGGAGAAACGCUGCUGAAUUAUUCCGCGGAGCUUUCGUGGUAAUCGAAUAAGUAACGGGGAUUAAUUAACCUCCGACAUGUCGGCGUCCGAAACGGCGGUGAUUUUCGCGAAGCUGGAGGCUUUGAAAGACAUUAGGUCGAAGACCCUUCAAUUGGAGAAGCUGAAACAGAGGAUAUUGCAAGAGGUGGAGCAGACCGAGCAAGAGGAGAAAUGUUUAUUAGAAUACAAGCAAGAAAUGGACCUGCUGAUGCAGGAGAAAAUGGCACACGUCGAGGAAUUGCGUCAGAUACACGCGGACAUCAAUGCGAUGGAAUCAGUGAUCAAGCAAGCGGAGGAAGCGCGUAACAGGGCGAGGGAAACUGCGAAAUUGAUUCACAACAAUGAUUAUCAACCAUUGAAACACGACAUUGACCGUAUGCGCAGGGAAUUUUUGGGUUUGGAAAGGUUACCGGAGUUAUACGAGACCGAGUCGGAUCUUAUCUCUCCUGAACGGUUUGUUCAUAGCUACUUUGAACGUCCGAUGCAAAAGGCGGAGUGGAGAGUAGAGGUACGAGGUGAUGACUUGUUACCGCCGCUCGGGCUGCACCAUCCUGGCCAUCCAGGUGGUUCCACGCCUUUCCUAGCUCCGCAACCACUUCAGGGGCCAAGCAAACCAGAGCCCAGACCGUUACCGCCAGCCCCAGGGCCGCCCGCUCCAACAUUCAGGUACCACUGGCAACAACCGCCGCCUAUGAAGUCUUGCCUCUCGUGCCAUCAACAAAUUCACAGAAAUGCACCAAUUUGCCCGCUCUGCAAAGCAAAAUCGCGUUCGCGUAAUCCUAAAAAACCAAAGAAGAAAGAUUAAUUGUAAUUAUAAGGUUAUUUGUAUGAAUAAUCCGCAUUUCUAUAAUUCAUCUUAAGGAGAGAUAUGUAUUAAUCAGUUUUGUAAUCCAUAGUAGCCAUGCACUCUUAUCGUAUCAUUAGCAUUUGUAAGUGAUAGCACAGCAUUUAUGAGAAUCUAUGUGUUUAUAUAAUGUGUCAAAUUUUUGACAACUUUUUUUAGAGUUGAAGGUUUUAUUGUAUUCAUGUUACGAGAUAAGAAGAAAUGUAAGUUAUACAAGAAGAAAUGUAAGAAAUGAUAGUCAAAUAAUUUCUACUACAAUAGAGAAAUAAAAAUAAAAAUUUAGUAUUUGACAA